ACGGUGUUCCUUGUGCCAGCCAACAGCCUCUUUCUGGUUCUCCGCAGUCUGACCGUCUCCCCAGCCGCCAUUAUGAACGUCCGCAAUGCUCAGCCAGACGACCUGAUGAACAUGCAACACUGCAACCUCCUGUGCCUUCCCGAGAACUACCAGAUGAAAUAUUAUUUCUACCAUGGCCUUUCCUGGCCCCAGCUCUCCUACAUUGCUGAGGACGAGGACGGGAAGAUUGUGGGCUAUGUUCUGGCCAAGAUGGAGGAGGACCCUGACGAUGUCCCCCAUGGGCACAUCACCUCUCUGGCCGUGAAGCGCUCCCACCGGCGCCUCGGCCUGGCCCAGAAGCUGAUGGACCAGGCCUCACGGGCCAUGAUCGAGAACUUCAGUGCAAAAUAUGUGUCCCUGCACGUUAGGAAGAGCAACCGGGCGGCCUUGCACCUCUACUCCAACACCCUCAACUUUCAGGUUAGCGAGGUGGAACCCAAGUACUAUGCAGACGGAGAGGAUGCUUAUGCCAUGAAGCGGGAUCUCUCGCAGAUGGCAGAUGAGCUGCGGAGGCAGCUGGAGCUGAAGGAGAAGGGCAGGUAUGUGGUGCUGGGCUCCAGGGAGAACCAGGAGACCCAGGGCAACACACGACCUGGUUCCGAAGAGGCCUGUCAGCAGGAGAACGCAGCACCUACCAGUGGUGGCAGUGACAGCAAGGAACCUAGCCAUUCCACAAUCCCUGAUGUCCAGCACACCUCAGACAACAUGGAUUCCACCUCCUAG